AUGCGACCAACGUCUAAGAAGUCGAAGGAUGCUGUCGGCGGGGUCAAAGCAGGCGGCAUUCGGUUCCAGCGGGACAAGGGCCAGCACAUUCUCAAGAAUCCCCUAGUUGUGCAAAGCAUUGUAGACAAAGCUGGAAUCAAGCCCAUUGAUACGGUUAUGGAGGUGGGCUCUGGCACUGGUAAUCUCACCGUCAAGUUGUUGGAAAAGGCCAAAAAGGUGUGUGCUUUUGAGAUAGAUCCCAGAAUGGUGGCAGAACUGCAAAAACGGGUGCAGUAUACGUAA